GUACAGCACCUUCGCUUAAAUCAUAUUUACCAAACCAGAGAGAGAGAGAGAGGGAAUGGUGCUGUUGAAAUCUUCGCCUUCAAGGCUACACUCACGCCAGAGCUUAUCCGAGUCUCUAAUGGAGGGCAGUAUACAAGACUCUGAAGCCAUUAUAAGCCGAUGGACUUCUCCCGAACUUCACGACUCUUCCUUCUGCAGCCUCUCUUCGCUUUUCUCCCCAGGAAACCAGGAAGAAGCCAAUCGCUUCAUCGAAGCUGUAACCAGCUUGCAAUGCGGGAUGCAGAGGUUGGUAAAGAUGAAUCCGGGAUCCGAGAUGCUUGUCCGUGCACAGAGCUUGAUGAGUAUCGCUAUGAAGCACCUGGAGAAGGAGUUUUAUCGGAUUUUGAAAUCGACUAGGCGGUCCUUGGAUCCGGAAUCCGUCUCUAUUCGUUCUUCGGGAGCUUCGAGCUCGAGCACUCCUAGGAGUUCGCGUAAAAGCGUUUCAGACUCUGAGUCGGAUGUAGAAUUUGUUUUUUCAGUUUCCAAUGAGUCGAGAUUGGAGGGCGAGAGAGGGGGUGAAGAUGCAAAUGCCAUGGCGGACCUGAAGAUGAUCGCGGAUUGCAUGAUCUUCUGUGGAUAUAGCAAAGAAUGUUUGAAGAUAUACAAAAAAAUCAGGAAAUCUGUCGUCGUUGAAGCACUGGAUCAUCUCGGGUUUGAGGACCUGAGGUUUACACAGAUUCAAAAACUGGAAUGGGAGAUUCUGGAGAGUAAGAUUAAGAAAUGGGUGCGGACGGCGAGAGAAGCAGUCGCUACUCUGUUCUUUGGAGAACGAAUUCUCUGCGACUAUGUCUUUUCAUCUUCUUCCUUCAUCCGCGAAUCCGCUUUCGCGGAGGUCACGCAAGAGAGCGCUUUAAGCCUGUUUGGCUUCCCGGAAAACGUAGCAAAAUGCCGGAAAUCUCCAGAGAAAAUCUUCCGUACACUAGACGUAUACCAAGCGAUCUCCGAAAUAUUCCCCAAAAUCGAGCAAGUUUUCAGCUGCGAUUCAACAGUCGCUGUCCGAUCCCAGGCCGUUGAAUCUCUAUACAUUCUCGGAGAAGCCAUACGCUCGAUGAUUUCAGAACUGGAACUAUCGAUUUCGAAAGAGCCAUCGAAAACGCCGAUCCCAUGCGGCGGAGUCCACCACAUCACCAGGUACGUCAUGAAUUUCAUUGUCUUCCUCGCCGACUACACCGGAUCGCUCGCCGACAUACUCACAAAGACACCGCCAAAGCUACCGGAGGACUACUUAACCGGCGGCGGAGAAAACCCAACUGGCGCCACAAUCGUCUCCUCGCCGGUAGCCACGAAUCUCGCCUGGGUAAUCCUCGUCCUGCUUUGCAAAAUCGACGCCAAAUCUCGGCUCUACAACGACGUAGCGCUCUCGUAUCUCUUCCUGGCCAACAACCUCCAUUACAUCGUCGUCAAGGUCCGUACAUCAAACCUAAAAGUCCCGCUGAGCAAUUGGGUAACGAAGCACGAGGAUAAGGUGAGAGAGUACGUCGCGAGAUUCGAGAGAUUGGCGUGGGGAGACGUAAUGACGUCACUUUCCGGAGUUCCGACGGAGGAGGAGAUAUUCCGGCGGUUCAACGAGGCGUUCGAGGAAGCGUACAAGAGGCAGAGCGACUGGGUCAUACCCGACCCGAAACUCAGAGACGAGAUCAAGGUCUCGGUGGCGAGGAAACUGAUUCCGGGUUACUCGGAGCAUUACAAGAGCCAGCGGGUGAUGUUGAAUGCAAAUGUCAGAUAUGCCCCUGAAGAUAUUGGUAAUUACAUCUCUGAUCUUUACUUUGGUUCUGGAGGAGCAGGAGGAGGAGGGAGUACUUCGUCUUUUUGCUCUUCGAAUUCAUCGUCCGGAUUCGAACGUUGAAUAUUAUAUACACGUAUAUGUGUUUAUAUACAUAUAUAAGUAGUUCCAAGGGGACACGUACGAAUAGAAUCAGAGUCAGGAAAAUAUAUUAUGUUGCGUCAGUAUUUGUAUGAAUUAUAUGAAAU